CAAAACGAAGAAGAAGCCUAGUAGAAGCAAAACUGCUCUCCCUUCGCUUUCCCCGCCAUAACCGCCUCUUCAUAUACCUUCAAAAAAUCAAUUUAUUAUACACACACACACAUAUAUAUAUAUAUAUAUGAUGACGAAGAAGAGUAGUGGUGAUGAUGGUAAUGGUAACGGAGGAGUUUAUGGUUAUUUAGGUGUACUGUGUUGUGUACUGAUUGUAUCUGUGAUAGCGGUUGUAUCUAUCAGGUUUUCCAUUUCCCGAAGCACUUUCCGGUAUUCAUCGGUGGAUUCAGCAAGUGUUUAUUCGAUUGUUGAGUUGCAGAAGAAGGUGAUCGCUGCUGCCGUGGCUAAUCAGAAUAUUCCGUCACGAGCAAUCGCUGCUUCUGAUGUUUCUGUCUAUCGCAACUCUUCCUUCUCUCCGAUACCUAGAAAAUCUACUGUUGUUAGGAAAGAUGAUAAGAUAGAGGAAGGAUUGGCACGAGCAAGAGCGGCGAUUCGAAAAGUUGCUGCUGGUGUUGGAAACUUAUCGAUGAACCCUGGUGGGAUCUACCGUAAUCCAGGCGCAUUUUAUCAGAGUUACAAGGAGAUGGAGAGGAGGUUCAAGGUGUAUAUAUAUGAAGAUGGAGACUUCAUAAUGGUCCAUAACGGACCCUGUAAAGAUAUAUAUGCAAGUGAGGGAAGGUUCAUCAGUGAGAUGGAACAUGGUAAUAAUAAAUUCAGGACAAGUGACCCUCAUUCAGCCCAUGUUUACUUCAUGCCUUUUAGUGUAACUUGGAUGGUUAAGUUUCUCUACGUGCCUCUUUCAUAUAACCUUACACCUCUUAAAGAGUUUGUAUCUGAUUAUGUGCGACUUAUCUCAACAAAAUACCCCUUCUGGAACCGAACCCAUGGAGCUGAUCAUUUCAUGCUUUCUUGCCAUGAUUGGGCUCCUGUUGCUUCAAAAGGCAAUGAUUUCCUGUACAAUACAUCAAUAAGGGUUUUGUGUAACGCCAACUCCUCAGAAGGUUUCAAUGCUCAGAAAGAUGUGAGCCUUCCUGAAAUCUACCUUUACAAUGGUGUAGUGUCUCCAAAGCUGCAGUCUCCUCCACCAACCAACAUUUCAAGGCCUUACCUUGGAUUCUUUGCUGGUGGACUUCAUGGCCAUGUCCGGAAAACCCUCUUCGAUCACUGGAAGGGCAACGACUCUGAUCUUCGUGUAUACGAAUACCUGCCUAAGGACAUGGAUUAUCCCUCUGAAAUGUUGCGGUCCAAGUUUUGCCUAUGCCCUAGUGGCUAUGAAGUGGCUAGCCCCAGAGUGGUUGAAGCAAUUUAUGCCGAAUGCGUUCCUGUUAUGUUAUCAGAUCAUUAUGUCUUCCCUUUUAGUGAUGUCCUAAAUUGGGAUGCAUUCUCAGUACAGGUUAACAUUACUGAUAUCCCAAGGCUAAAGGAGAUCUUGGUGGCUGUUCCAGAAGACAAAUACAUGAAGCUUAAGGAAGGUUUGAGGGCUGUGAGGAAACAUUUUGAACUAAACCGGCCUGCUCUGAGGUUCGAUAUGUUUCAUAUGAUAUUACACUCUAUAUGGCUCAGGAGACUAAAUUUAAGGCUAUAGAAUAGCAACAUACUAUAUACAUCCAAUAUAUGUUACAAAAGAAGGAAUAGGGGGGAGGAGCGGGGGUGUGAACAGAUUCCAUAACAAACUUUACUAGGGUUUUAUCUCAUUGCCUUUUGAGUUAGAUUCUUUCAUCAUAUAGAAUUUGUUUGUAAUAGCAUCUUUUUUUCGGAUGGCCUAUAGGAUUAACAAACAGUUUUGCUUUAACAAGAAAAUGUAAAUGAAAGCAUUCUUGAUCCAGUUUUCCAUUUCAGAAAAGGAGUACUUAUCAGUGUUUAUUUAUUCUACAA